AUGAUCAGAUAUAUCGAGUUGAAUGCCCCAGAGGAUGAUAGAGAAGUCGUUAAAAGAACUUUUGAAAAAACUGCGGCUACUACUCUUUACGAGUACUUGCCAGAUUAUCUUCGAUGUCUGUGCAAAAUCAGGAAAGCUGAGACUCUCGAAAGAAUGUAUGCCGCAAUCGAGAGCGACGCGCACCGUAGGCCAAAUCGCCGGCGGACGGUCGACGAAGAUGUCCCAGUCGUCGGAGAAGCUUUUCCACCCGCGCUAGAGUACUACAGGCGUCCAGGCCCCCCAGGAUUGGAAGGUAAUCGGCAUUAUCCUCAAAUGCCCAGACCUUCCCGGGAGUACGAUGAUCGUGGAAAUUACCGCGAUCAUCAGCGCACCCUAGUCUAUCAAGACACUGCAUCUUUCGCAGUAACACCAACCCACGACUCAUAUUUUACUCCAACUGACCACGAAAUGUAUUAUGACUCCAUCGAAGGACACAGUGGACCUCACCAAGGGUCCGCUUUCACAUUUGGUGCAACUGAGCCAAGAUAUUCAUACCAGUAUAACAACCAUCCUUUGCGAAGCUAUUCUAGGCCCCCAAUUAAUAACAGAUAUCAUCCCGGAGUUCUGGGCCCGACCCGUAAAACGGUCCAUUAUGCUAAUGAUGAAGACUCUGAAGAAGCUAAGCGUCGUCAUAAAAUCGACCCCUCAGUCUUCUGUGACUGCCCUUUCUGCCCUAGAGGAGAGCGCAAAAGCCCCCCUCCCGAUUAUUUAAACGGGCAGGGCGCUCGCCAAACAGAGGCGAUGUCGAGUACGCCCAAUUUGCCUCCACGCUGGUCUCCGAACCCGACCUAUCGACCUCAAAACACCUAUCCUACUCACAAUCCAACCUACCAGAGUUCGUACCCGAGGUCCAUUCUCCAAAAUCAUCAGAAUCAAUCUCUGAACAACACUUCCCAGAGCUUGAAUCCAGCAUCCAAAGCCCAAACGGAUCCUCUACCAUACCAGAAUCAAUCCUCAACACAACCAACUCCCAACCAGCGGAUAACAAUCGGCGAGUUAAAAGCUCAAACUCGGAGCAACCAAAAUGCUUAA